UUCUUUCAUGCACCACCUUUGGUCUCAGAAGCAAAGACUAGAAGUAACAUGUACACGAUUAUCCGUGAUUUAAUUGUUGUCAUGCAGCUCAUUACGAUCUGAAUGUUGUAGCUGUUUCAAUGAAAAAUAUAAUUUUUAUCUGUUUACAAUUUGCUAUGAUUAAGCGCUCAAAUGACUGCUAGAUCACAGCGUGCCGGAGUUGACACAGACUAUCAAGAUCAACUCGCAGACGUGUAAUACGAGUACGAGCAGAACUGUCGCCGUGAGUUCAGUCCCCUGUGAUGGAAGGCACAGCAGAAGCGAAUGAUUCGUUGCUUCAGUUUUCGUCUGCAAGCUUGUGAAUGAACCAUUUAAUGUCGCAGAAACUCGCGCAUUUAUUUCCAGAAUGUCAGGAAGGCCUCCACCAAAGCCCGAAGAAAAUUUAAAAGAAAAGUUCAUGGGAUUUUUCAGACGAAAUAAGAAUGCGUUACAAAAUAUUCCAAAAUCUUCGUCAAAAGACCUCAUGAUAACCCCACAGAUUUUGAAGGAUAUUGGUCAGGAAUGUCCAGCAAACAAUCGCAAGCGUAAUAUCAAAGCAUUAAGUGAUCAGGUCAAGUCCAGACAACUAGAACAGUGGGGCACUGAAGCUCUUUGGAUGGCUACCAAAGACCUUGUGGAGCCAGAGAUGGAUAUGGAGAGCAGGCAGCUGGUUUUAAAUUUUCUCCUCUCGUUAAUUGAAGGACAGCUGAAGACUUUAGGAAUGCUUAGGGGUGUCUUCUUCAAUGUAAUUGAGAAUCUCGAGAAACCUGAAGACUUGAGGAUAAGACUUGAGCUUUUUAAGGGACUUAGUGAAAAUGGAAAAAACAUCUAUGAUUUUGAGGACAGGGCAGGUCCUUUCCUGUUGAAACUCAUGCCUGAUGCUUUGACAGCAGGUUUCAUCACAGAUUUUCUGUUGAUUGUCAUCAACAUCAUCAAGUUUAAUGCAGCUUAUAUUGAUGAGGAUAUUUUGUCUGGGCUAGUUCAACAGACAUGCAUGAUUCAAAACAGAACUCGAUCAGAUGAAGACAUGAAGCUGUGCCAGCAAGUGCUAGAUGCAGUCAUCUGCUACAGUUACCUGCCUCCUGAUUCGCUGCAUUACUUUGUGGCUGCUCUCUGCCACAUGGUCAGUAAGCCUCGUUUCUGUGAAGAGAGCUGGGAACUUAUGAAGAAACUCCUUGGGACACAUCUUGGGUGCAAGACUAUCCACACAAUGUGCUGCAUGAUGCAAGACAAACAACAGCCAGUGGACUUCAUCCUGCUGCGUGGUGCAGUCUUCUUUACUGGAAUGGCUCUUUGGGGCUCACGAAGAGUGGCUAGUCUGAAAGACCUUUCAUCAGCUGUUCUACCUUCCUUUCUUGAGGUUCUUACAUACAGUAAUUCCAGUGUGUCAUAUGAGGUAUCAUUGAGCAUAAGUCGUUUGAUCAACAAGUAUGGAAAAGACCUGACACACAUCACAUGGGAAACUGUCUUUAAUAUCACACAAAGACUGAUUCAUCAGACAGAGACAAUUCCCUCUAUGGAUCCACGAAUAAGCUCAGAAGUUCAUAAUAUGCUUACUGAAAUAGAACAUCUCCACCAGAUGGGCCAUUUCCUGGGACCUGCUGAACGAAUUUUUGUCAUAGUGGAGAGCUGUGGUAGCAAACGGCCGACAGAAUCUGUGUGUAAACUCAUUGAUCACCACAUGAAAGAUAUUCAUCCAGGCCAAGACAAGUGGAUCCAGAAUCUUCACCAGCUGCUAGAUAAAUUUUUCAGACAUGAAACAAGAACUGAAGUGCGAAAGAAGGCCUUGGACAUGCUGUCAUUUGUUUUGAGCCUUAAUAAACAUGUGUAUGAGGCAGACCUCAUUGACAAACUCGUCAUCCCAUUUUUCUCACACAUUGAUAUGGACCCUGAUGUAAAGGUACGUGUCAUAGCAGCAGAAAUUCUUCUAAUCCUUGCUCAGGGUUGUUCCCGGGAUGAGUUUUUUGAUCUCAUCAACAUCAUAGAAAAGAUGAUACGGAAACCAUUGUUAAUGAGCAUAGAUCACUCAGCAGAGGGGGAUGAGAUCAGAGUGUUGACCCCGGAUCAGAAUCAUGGGGAUGUCAGACUUGCUGUGCUCCAGUUAAUAGAGGUUUUUGAGCAUAAGCUGUAUACAGCACCCCCAACCCAUUGCAAACGUCUGUAUGGAAUUCUUAUUAGCCACAUGCAGGCACAGUAUGAUCACAGCUACAACACUCCACUAGCUGCAGCUAUUCGGAAAGCAGUACUGGAACUACUGCUUCGGUUGAGGGCUGACAGUAAGCACAGAGUGGGAUUAAUUAACCGCCAUGGUGGUAAUGGCUGCACAUACAGUCCGUAUGCUGUUUGUGUUGAAGUUGCAAUCCAGUUUCCCACAAGUCCCAUUCUUGCCGGCCAGUCCCUGUCUCACAUGUUUACCAUGAUUGACUACACUCAGACAAUGGAACUCUAUAUUCGCUGCCUACAGAAGGAAACAGACUGGCAGGUGUUGAGUGUUUUGUUGGCAAGACUACCAUCUGUUUUAGAGAACAAAACCCUAGUGUUGUCUACUCGGGGCACACUAGUCUAUGACCUGUGCGAACGGCUCUGUCACAUGGUAAUGUUUCAGAUCAGCAGUCAGACUAGAGGUUUUCCAAGGCAGCUUCACAAUGUGCCUGAGGGCUUUAAGCGGUCUGACUUGGACAACUGUCUACUUCCUGUCAUUGCUGCCAUGGUAACCUAUCACCAGUUUCUGGAUAAAAACAAACAGUAUGAAGUGGUCAAGUGUCUGGAGUUUGGUUUAGUGUCUGGUGUGGCAAAAGUCUGUGUGACAACAUUGCGCAUCUGCUCUCUUGAGAUGCAAGACCUCAUGAUGCGGCUUCUGCCUUCAAUCCUUUUGUCACUGACCAAGAUUGCUGCCACCAUGGCGAUGGCCAUCCCAGUGCUGGCCUUUCUAUCUGGUUUGGUGCGGUUACCACAACUGUAUGCAAACUUUGUCGAAAAUGAAUAUAUGAGUGUAUUUGCCAUAGCACUCCCAUACACCAAUCCAUUCAAGUUCAGCCAUUACACAGUUUCUCUGGCACACCAUGUGAUUGCCAUCUGGUUCAUUCGUUGCCGCAUGCCCUUCCGAAAAGGUUUUGUCAAAUUUAUCCAGCGGGGUUUGAGCCACAACAUGACACAGUUGUUUGAAGAGAACAGCUACCUGAGGCUUAGUCAGCAAAACCAAGACUCUAGCCAUCGCAACCGUUCAGGAUCAGAAGGAACUUCAUUCAGGAGGCGUUUUCAGUCCAGUUCUGCAGCAAUUCAGAAGGAUGUGUUGCCACCAGUGGAUGAGAAAGUGUCUCAAUUCCACAAGGAGCUGAGAGAGACAUGUCUGGAUGUGAUGUCUCGAUACUCAUUUGGAAACAUGUCUAAUAAUUACCACAGGUCAGCUAUGGCACAGUUUCUGCUUGCGGAUGGGCCAUCAGAAACUUGGAUUGUUGGCAACAAACUUGUCACCAUUACCACCAGUGGUAAUCGUAGCAAGAGCAGUAACUCUGGUCUCUGUAGCAGGUGCCUCACUUCCCUGCAGCAGCCACAGGAUGAAAAGCAAAAAAUAAGGCAAGAGAAGAGGAGGAGGCAUAAAUCAGCCAUACUCUAUCGCAGCACCAGUGAGAUACAUGGAGAGUCUUCAAGUGUUGGUGUUUUUGGUUCUGGAGGAUCCAAAAAGGGUGAUGAUGUUCUGGCCCGCUGCACACGGGAUGAUCUUAGUCUGCUGAGCGACCAAACUCAUGAUGAUGUUGCGGUGCAGACUGGCAGCUCACUCACCUCGGGGGCUGAUUCAGACACCCUGGAGUCCAUGCUUCUUGGCAUGAAAAGCCUGGCAGAAAAGAAAAGUGUGAUCACAGCAGAUCCUUGCCCUUGCUGGUGUGAAGGCUGGGCAGAAAUCCUCAUUCGUGGUCCAAGCGGCAAUGUUGCAUGGGUCAUGCGCACCGAGAACGAGUAUUCCCAGUAUGCAGGCCAUGGUGACCCUUCCAUGCAUGAUAUUAUGAAUCUGUUUACAUCUGUCAAUUCCAAAUCUCCAGAUUCUGACAGCACAAGCAAACUGGACAGCGGAAGCCUUGGGGAGGAAGAAUAUGAAUCGGUGCAUUCCUAUAUUUUUGGCUUGGAAAAGCGGUCUUCUUCCCCAGAAGCAGACAAAGUGGACAAUGACCUCAGAGAAGAAAAUUCUUCAGUAGGGGCCGUUUCCACUUCAUCUGUCUCCAAGGAGAUUGAGAUUCCAGGCCGUGAUACCAUGGUCAGAAGCAGUUCUUCUCCUUCUGUUCUAAGCAGUUCCUAUGAUGAUACAUCUCCACUGGGGGUGACAGCAGCCCUUGUGUCACCUCAUUCAAACAAGCCUGACAUGGAGGCUGUCACAGUUAAAGUUGAUGUCUCAGAAUCUCGAGUCAUGUCUGCUGCAGGAAACUUUGAAGGACUAGAGAAAUCGACCCCAACCUCUGUGGUUUCAGGAGAGGGCAAGGAGUGCUACUUUGUCCCAGAUGCAAGUUUAGAGAGCAAAGAGGAAAAGAAUAUACAUGACAAAAACAGAAGUGCUGCUGACCGAACAGGUGGUGAGGAAAAUUUGGAUGCUUAUUGCAGUGAUGAGGCACAGGCUUAUGCCGGCAGUGUUGUUGGUGAGAGGGGACAUAGGAUGAGCAGUAGUAGGUUACAGGUACAGCUAGAGGAAUUUGACAGGAAGCAGGAAGAGAAGUGUGGAGAAAAAUCUGCAAGUGCUCAUACUCCAUCAGAACCUACCACUCCAACAAACCCACCCGAGUCCUCUCCCCUUCAGGAAGUAAAGAGCUCAGGCAUUGUCAUUGUAGCACCACAUACACCAUCCAGAAGCACUGGUCACAGGCAGGUUGUAAACACCAUUCGAAAGUCUUUACCAAUGACUUCACCUGACAGCUCAAGUUCCUCAUCCACACAGGAUGAGUUAAUGGAGCUGAAAAAUAUCAAGAAACGAGGGCACACUAUUGCUGUCAUGACUCGUGCGGAAGCAAAUCAGUUUAAAGAGGCAGACUCUGGGGCAAAAGCUGGUGGUGGUGUAGGCAAGAGCAUGGUGACACCGGCACAGAUCUUCUUGCAGCUCUACUACACUUAUCCAGUGACUACUUCACAGGACUUACCUCUGCAUCUACCUAAAACUGAGACAUUUGAACGUGCACUGAUGAUGUUGGAUCACAUUUAUCCACACGAGACUCAUAAAAUUGGGGUUAUCUAUGUAGCUGAGGGUCAGGCAGACGAUGAAAAAGCGAUUCUUUCCAAUGUACAUGGGUCCUCAAGGUAUACAGAGUUCAUGCUGGGUCUGGGGGAGCUGGUCCAGCUGGAGGAUGUGGACCAGUCAAGAGUUUAUCUCGGUGGCCUGAGUUACCCCAUGGAUGGCAAGUUUGCAUGCACCUGGAAGGAUGAGUCCAUGCAAGUCAUUUUCCAUAUUGCUACUCUGAUGCCUAACAGAAAAGAGGAUCCCAACUGCAAUUCAAAAAAACUACACAUUGGUAACGACUUUGUUACUAUCGUGUACAAUAAUGGUGAACAAGAUUUCAAACUAGGCACAAUCAAGGGCCAGUUUAAUUAUGUGAACAUUGUCAUUCGUCCCCUGGACCAUGGCAGUAAUGCAGUCACCCUCAUUGCGAAGCAAGAAUCCUUUGUGGACACAAUAUCAGCAGAUAUUGCUGACAUCCUUGGACACACUCAUCCAAAAAUAGUAUCGGACAAAAAUCUAGCAUUGCUAGUACGGCAGAUUGCAGUGCACUGUAAUCUGGCGUCCAUGGUUCUACAGCGACAACAUUCCCAGCACCAUGAACCUUUUGCAUCCAACUGGCUUGAGCGACUGCGGAAGAUCAAACGGAUCCGACAAAGUGUGAUGGAGCAUCUAAAUGCUGGAGCAGCCACCAGUGGCCAGAACUAUGGGUGGAGACAUGGGGUUAGCUCCAUGGAUAACCCAGAAAUGCUUUCACGAUAUAUUAUGGAAGACUUUACUGAUUAUGUGUAGAUCUCUUGCCUAAAGAUAUUGCAGAGGAACUCUUUACUGGCCAGAAAAUAUUACUGCAUCAUUGUACAUUUUAGCAUGUUACCUAUUCCAUAAACUAUGGCACAGGUAGUGGAGAACAUGGUCAGCUAUGGCUGGUUUAAUUAUGAAAACAUUGUCAUCUGGAGACAUUUUGGAUGAUCAGUAUGAAUGUGAAUUGAGAAACGUGCAUGUUCUCAUUGCUUGUUUAUCGGUACACUUUUUUUAUUUGUGUGAAACCUACCUCCUCUCCCUAAAUUUUAUUGCAUUUAAUGUCUUCUUUAUGCGUACAACCAGGUAACUGAAUGCUGUUACCACAAGCUGCUACAAGGUUUGGUUGCUUUGAGAUUGUUCCAGGUACAAGAAUCAAACACACUUUUUUCUAGAUGAUAUUCAAGUGUUGCAUGUUCAUUAAUAGAAGAAAGAAAAUGUCAACACUAACAAGCUGUACCUCAACAUUUAAACAUUGUGGACUAUUGAUAGUGUUGAACUGUCAAAUUAUCCUUUUUCUAGAGCAUGUGCAUAUAUGUAAAAUUUUGAAAUUGGUCUAGCUUGACUGCCCUGCUCUAGUCUUACUUACUAAUGUGUUGCUGUACAAAGUUUAUUUAUUGCUUUUCACAUUAGAUGGUAACCAGAUAUAGAGGAUGGUAGUUCAACAAUUUUUUUGAAGUAAAAAUGAUUGCUCUUAGUCUGGCCAUUCCUCUUUUGGACAAAACAGUUUUGUAUUAAUAUUAAAAGUGGAAAAAUAUAUAAAUAAUUAUGUGUAACAAAAUAAAACAUUAUCUAUGGCUAUUAUAUGCA